CCAUUAUUCCAAAAACUAUCGCAUCCGCAUUUGUAUACAUUCCGAGUGUUAUUACUGUUGGACAGCUGAGGAAUUACUGAAUUUUAAAAUCUCAAACGCGAAGCAAAUUCUUGAUUUUUUACAACAUUCUGUUCGGGGAUUGUAUUUCUACCAGAUCUUUGUAAAAACAUCAUAAAAGACGAUGUCGAACGCAACAUACCCUGCCGACCCCGUUCUCACAACCACAGUGGAACACGUUAACACUCAGGAGAACCGUUCCAGAAACAACAAGAUAAAAGUGUUACAGAGUAUGGCGGGAAUACAAAUCGUUACGGGAAUCAUAUGCAGCGCCAUGGGCGGGACAGCUAUGGUCCUGGAGUGCUAUCUGUCCCGGAUCGGUGAUCCUAUAUGGAGCGGUUUACUGUUUUUCAUGGUUGCUGGUAUAGCUGGAUCAGCUGGAACGGCUACGGGAAAACAGUGUGGGAUCACCUUCUAUGCUGUAUGGUCUUCGCUCUCUGCUGCCUGUGCGGCGCAACUCUUUGGUAUAUCUGUUUAUGCUGCUUCCCAAGAACUUGAGUUGCUUUGCUAUCCAGGAAUCGAUACUUACAAAUUAUGCACCUACGUGAUCGAAGCACGUAUUGGUAUCAACGUGUGUAUAGCAAUUGUUAGUUUUAUCGCUCUUAUUUCCUGCCUUGUUGCAUCGUGUAUCAGUUGCGCUCUACCGUCACCCCAAACGACAAGAAUCAUCGUACAGGCAACCCCUGCAACAAUGGAAAGCGGACCCACAUCCUACCCUAAUCCUAAUGCUUCUUUCGUCACCAUGGAUGCUUCCAAACCAUACGGAACAGUGGAACCUCCUCCAUACUCGGCUAAUUAACUUAGUAUCCAUGGCAACCGAUGUUACUAGGCAGACAUCUUCAUUGGCUACCACCACCUGCAUUCCACGUAACUUCAACGAAAGUACCCACCCCGGUGCUAUAUUAUUAUUGUAUUAUAAUAGAUGAUCUUUGGAACACUAACAAUCUACUUAUAUUAUGAAACAAAAUGAGGUCAAUAAUCAUAUCUGAUUGAUACACGACUGUAAAAGCCCAAAUGCUUUUUAUUUCGAAUCCCUCCCAAAGCAAAAAUGUCCUUUGGCAAGACAUUCAUCUACAAUCGCCACACUCGAACCAGGUGUAGUAAAUGGGUACUUGACCGGAAUUAAUUCCUUGAAACGCCAGAGCACCAUAAUGGUAGCCAUGUUAAAGCAGGCAUGGUCAUUGUGUAGCGCCAGGGGGGUGUUUCACAAAGAUCCUAAGUAGAACUUAACUCUAAGUUGGACUUAAAAAUUAUGGAAAGC